GGCGAAUUAAUAAUGGACGAACUAUUUAGCUGUGGAACCUUUCACACCGGAAAUUGAAUAUAGAAUGCACCACAUGAAGCUUAUCAACACGAAAUGAUGAAAUCAUGAACGAUGGAUAAAUGUGGAAACGUUCAGCAGAAGGUUUCUUGUAUUUUUGAGACAAGUGUAAUCGAUGAACCGACAAGUAAGAGGCAGUUCCAAGGUUACAAAGUAAUAGCAACAGACGUAAUAAAGAAUUCAGCGCUUACGAGCAAUGUAACGCAGGCAUCUGUCACCGAGAAGUUAGAUGGAACGUGUGUGUACAUUGCAGAAUAUCAAGGUCAACCCUGGCUGUGGAGCAGAUUAGACCGAAAACCCAACAAAGCGGGAGAUAAAAGAUUCAAACGCUUUCAGUCUCUUCAUCAAAAGUGGGAACAAGGUCCGAAAGAUACAUCCGAACCCUCAUUUGAUUGGAAUAUUGAAAAAGAUUUCAAGGAGGUUCCUGACCAGUGGAUACCAGCAUCUGGUGUUCAGGUGGUGAAUGGACAAGUUCAACCAGACAACAGUAGACACAUUCCAGGUUGGGUUCCUUUGGACAAGAAAUCCAGACAGUACUGUUGGCAUGUCUCAGCAGUGGACCUAGACAGAGGGCUGGGUUUGUUUCUAGUGCAAAGCAAGAAUUCUCCCCAGUGUCUCCAGAUUGAAGUUUUACCUUUACACCAUGCUGUAGGUCACACAGCAGAGCUGAUAGGGACACAUGUUAAUGGAAACGCCUACAACAUUGGCAGCAAAAGAAAUCCACUUCACUUUCUAGUGAUACACGGUUCCAUUGCACUAACAGAGCCUCCAGACAUUUCCCUGGCAGCCAUUCGGAGCUGGUUUUCUUCCACACAGGUGGGACUGGUAGAGGGGAUUGUGUGGCAUUGUCAGAAUGGGAAUCUAUUCAAAAUUCACAGACAUCAUCUGAAUUUAACAUGGCCACUAAAGGAUGAAACUCCAAUAUUUUCCAAGAAAAAAGUGGAAAUUCUUGUAGACAUUUCUCAGUUGGAAUCGGAGGACAAUGUGAAUCCUGUGUUUAUAAAGCUGGGGAGACUUUUCCACAAGACAUGUGAUUCUUUAGUGCACUUGGAUCAGCUGUUAGAUACUUGUGAACAGUGAAAAUAAUAACUCUCACCACAUUAAA